UGAUACUUGGCAUUUGUGUAUCAGUACAAUAUUGCCACUCAAAAUACCCUAUACUAUGCUACUAUCCUAUGUUGAUUUUUCCCCUCAACUCUCACAGUUAACACACUGAUAUCAAUCAGUUUUGUGGUUUCAACAUACCAAAAUAUUUUUAUUUAUUAACUUGAUCUAAAAAUACUCCUAUGUUCAUUUUUGCUCUGAACUGAAAAUAAUCACACAGCACCAUCAAGGGGACAAAAAAAGAAGUUUCUCAGAAGUUGCACAGAAGCUCGUUGAAGGACAUUGGGACUUAAUUGUUGUCUUGUUUGAGAAUAUUGUGACUUUAUUUAUUUAUUAUUGUUGACAAUAUUCAUUUGUUUUAACAUUUUUCAGCUCCUACUAAUCUCAAAUAGCUAGGAAAAUUUUAAAAUGCACACCAAAAAAAGUUCAGGUCUCAGGAGGCUGUAAUGUAGGCGUUCCUGUCAGGACUCCAACCAGAAGGUGGCAGUAAUGCGCCUAAAAGCUGCCAACUGCCAUUAAACAUCAGACGAAGAAGAAGCGGAGGCGGAAGAAGAAGCAGGCAAGCAACAUACCCACUUCUGGUGUAGUCUGCGUCCGUGGGUUAAAGGUAAAACGUGUGGCGUUUUUACAUUUUUAGGGACGUCUGGGGUGAAUAAUGGCGAGGCGACUUGAUAAUAUAAUAAAUACGCUUCAAGGAUUGAUUGACGAAAGUAUUGUGCCUAAAAGCGAGGAUGAGUCUGAGGACGAAUUAUCGGACAGCUGGAGCGUGGAUGUUAGUGUAGAGGGAGAAGACUUCCCCGACAAUGAGGCUGCUGAGCCGUUGGGAGGAUGGAGGUGGAGUGAUAUGAAUGAUCCAGACAUCACACCCCGGCAGCCCACCUUCAGACCCGCCCGGCCACCAGGACCACAGUUCACAAUUCCAGCCACCUGCACACCCUUGCAGCUCUUCCAACUCUUCUUCACUGAUUCUGUUUUACAGACAAUCGUUAAUAACACCAAUGAGUUUUGCUCCAGUCAUGCAUCCCCUUUCAUACCGUGGACUGACCUGACACUGAAGGACAUGUAUUCAUUCAUGGCUUUGGUCGUCUACAUGAGUGUGGUAAAAUGCUCUGGAUUUGCUGACUACUGGCGAGUGGGGAAACUGUAUGAAUUACCAUUUCCUAGACGGGUAAUGACUGGUAAGAAGUUCCUCGCCAUCAGCAGGUCCCUUCACCUCAGCAGCUUGGCACAGGAUGCUGCUAAUAAGGAAAAGAGAGGCACAGCAGCCUUUGAUCGCCUUUGCAAAAUAAAGCCAUUAUACGAGGAGAUGAGGAGCGCCUGCAGAAGGAACUAUCACCCUGCCCAGGAAGUUUCCAUUUGUGAGAAAACGGUUGCCUCCAAAGCCCGCAAUGGACUCAAGCAAUAUAUGAAAAAUAAGCCUACUCGCUGGGGACAUAAACUCUUUGUUCUGACAGACUCAUCCAGUGGUUACACAUGGGACUUAUUUAUCUAUGAGGGAAAGCUGAAGGGAACCAGCAGCAAGGGGCUUGGUUAUGAGUCUGUGAUGGAGCUAAUCAACAUACAGAUGCUGGGCACCGGCUACAAGCUCUUUGUUGAUAACUUUUACACAAGUCCCACACUUUUCCGUGACCUCCUCAAGAGGAACAUCUGGGCGUGUGGAACCAUCCGAGUGAACAGACCUGGCUUCCCCAAAACAAAGAAUAACAGCCUAGAUGCAAAAUCUCCCCGCGGCAGCAUCCGCUGGAUCAGAAAGGACUCCUUGCUCUUUGUCCAGUGGCGAGACGCUGGGGACGUCUCCCUGUGUUCAACCCUCCACACGGCCCAUUCGAAGGACACAAUGCCAAGAAGGGUCAAAGGUGCAGAUGGGCAAUGGACCUCAAAGGACAUCCCAGUCCCACCAGUUGUGAAGGAGUAUAACCAGUUCAUGGGUGGAGUGGACCCCUCUGACGGCCUGACAGGGAAAGUCCUCCACAAGACUCAAACGUGGUAUAAGACGUUCUUUUAUCAGUUCAUGGACAUCGCAGUUGUGAACGCCUUCCUCCUCCACAAAGACAUAGCAAAAAGUAAAGGAGAGAAGCUUAUCACUCAGAAGGCGUUCAGAGAGACCCUCGCAGAGCAGCUGGCCGAGGCGGGGUCUGUCUCGACAGCCAGACCCGUACCAACUCCCGCUCCAUGGGCAGCACAUCACAGGCCAGUGCACAUCAGUGGGCACAGCACCACUGGUCGCCUGAAGUGCAGGCAGUGCCAUUUGAAGACACCGCUGAAGUGUCCCUCCUGUGAUGUGCCUUUGUGCUUUGUUCCCGGUCGUGACUGCUAUAAUGACUGGCAUGUUGCUAAAAACAUGUAACAGGUGUGUGUAUGUGCGUGUAAAUAGUUAGCUUCAUUACACCUUUUAAUAAACUGUUUUUCUACCACAUCACUUGACUUUUUCAUAUGCACUAGGUUUAUUUUUAAGAAGGGGAAAAAGCACUAUAGUGUGUUUAUGCUCGGGUUACUCUGUAUCAGCAACUGACAGUGAAUGUGGAUGUGGGAUGUGAUACCUCCAAGUGGCACCUUUGAUUUGAGCCCAAGGUAGGCAUUUAAGACUUGUAGCCUU